AUGGGCAUCGAACGACAAGUGCACGAAACAAAGCGGAAACCGAGCUAUUCUUCCAUUACCGGGGCCAAAGGAUCUCUACGACAAGAUCGUGCGAUAGUGCUUCAACUUCCACGAAUGUAUGAAGACCCUUCAUCAUUUGCGUUUGGAAUUCUUAUCCAUUAUAGCGCAACUACGGACACUAUUUUCUUUGGCUGUUCUUGUGGGGUGAAUGACUCGCGAAAUUUGGAAUGCGCUGAUGCAGCAGCAGCAGGAAGUAGAAGAAGAAAUACCGCUAAAGUAGAAGAAGAUAUACCACUCAUGAAGUUCGAUGCCAUCGAAACCAUCACAACAGACCAACCUGAGGCACUUUGCUCCGCUCUUCAUGAUUUGCGCGUUUUACUUCAAGAGGAACAACGGUCAAGUAACCCCAGCUUCCAAAAGGAAACACAGAAGUCAUUGUCACAACUCAUUCACCUCGUCAAUGACUCCGAUGCUUCACACGUCCAACUUCUCCACUCUGAGGGACAAAACUCGCUAUGGGUGGGAGAGGGCAUCGCAAUGCAGGAUGACGCGCAGAACGAGAAAGAAGUCGUAAUGGGGAACCUGGAGUUCAUGGAGGGAUUUUAA